GGUGGGUAGUUUUGUCCCAAAUUUUACGAAGUAAAAAUUGCAAAAGCCCUCACCGUCUUGAUGAGUUGAUUUGUCUGGGAACGGAGGCAGAUGCUCAGCGCUCGAGCAUUCCCCAAGAUCUCUCUCAUGGCACCCAAGCAACCCCACCGCCUUCAUCGAGCUGCAGAGACGACUCUGCAAAGCGCGGCGAAGAGGCCGAGGACGAUGACUACCGUAGCCGCCGAGUCCUCCUCCAUGAGGAGCGCAUUCGCCGAAUACGCAGACUACCUCAAUGACCUUAAUGACAAACGGGAAAGGAUCGUAAAAGCAAGUCGGGAUAUCACCAUGAAUAGCAAAAAAGUCAUAUUUCAGGUGCACAGAAUAAGUAAACACAACCAAGAAGAGGUCCUUGAGAAGGCAGAAAAGGACCUAGCAGCUGUGACCAAUCAAUAUGUGGCCAGGCUAGUUAAGGAACUGGGAGGAACUGAUUUUUGGAAGCUACGGCGAGCAUAUUCUCCAGGGGUACAGGAAUAUGUUGAGGCUGCCACACUAUAUAAAUUCUGCAAAACUGGAAAUCUUUUGAAUCUUGAUGAGAUUAAUGCUGUCUUGUUACCAUUGAGUGAUCAUUCUCAGGAGCCACUGCAGAUUAAUGUUCUUGACUAUAUCUUGGGGCUUGCAGACUUGACUGGUGAGCUCAUGAGGUUGGCAAUUGGUCGAAUCUCAGAUGGUGAAAUUGAAUUUGCUAAGAAGAUAUGCAGGUUUGUACGUGAAAUCCACAGGGAGCUGAUCCUUCUUGCCCCAAUUAUGGAUGACAGUUAUGACAUGAAAACAAAGAUGGAUACCAUGCUCCAAAGUGUCAUCAAGAUAGAAAAUGCCUGUUUCAGCGUCCAUGUGAGAGGAUCAGAGGGUAUUCCAUUGCUUGGAUCUGACGACGUCCCGAGUUACUCCUCAAUGGGGGUGCCUGACGUGGAAUGAUACAUCAUAUGGUACCACUUAUCAGCUCCUGGAAGCCUGUUUUUACUUCUUCUGUAGUAUGUACCCGUAUUUACUUUCUCCCAUCCCUCCCUCCGCCUCCAUUUCAGCCAUUUCCAUAAUUCUGUGAUGGGGAAAGCUUAACUAAGCUACCUUCUGCUGAAUGGUCUUCUCGAGAUUUAUACUUCAUCUAUUCAUGUCUUUUCUCCCUGAUAUUAAGUAUAAAUGCAAAUAG